AUGGCGCUGACACACCAGACACCAAAGGUCCUAGGUCCCGGCUUCUCCAAGUUUUCUCAUACAGAGGCAAGGCAGCCCAGAGGCGGCGAAUCACGCCUCGCACAGUGUUUCGUGGUUCCGGGGAAAACAAGUGUCGCUCCGGCCUGCCCGCACUUUCGGAACCAGCUCGGGCAGCGGUGGCCGCGCCGGGGCGACGACCCGCCGGGCUCCACGGGGACGCGAGCAGCACCGUCCCGGAUGGAGCAGCGACCGAGGGAGAGUCUCCUGAAGCGGCUCCUGCCUGAUCCCCAAGGACCGAGUCGGCCCCGACAAGUUACCCUCCCGGCCCUGCAGGGGGAAGGACAGCAUAAAAUAGAAGAUGCUGGUAUAAUGUAUCUAACUGAAAAAGAAGAAAUCAAACAUGAAAAUAAACCUGGAAAAAGUUUACAACAUUCAAAACCAUGUGUCGGGAGAGGACGUAUAUAUUAUGCUAAAUUUAUUAACACUAAUGGGAGAACGUGCAAUGAACCAGUUCCCUACAUAGAUCCCAAAAAAGGGCCAGAAAAGCAGGGUGACUGGUGGUCACAUGGUAAAGCACCGGAACCUGCCUUCCUACCACCUUAUGACACUAAGAGUACCCAGAGGAGUGACUUCCAAAAACCAACAUGUCCACUGGUUUUGCCGGUAAAACACAGCAGGAUGCAAAAGGCUUCUUGUGGAAUAGUUCCACUUGCCUUUCCUGAUGUAUCAGCAAAAUUUCAAAACAAUUUUAUAGAGCACAUCUCUUUUAUGCAUCAAUAUGAUGCCAGGAAAACUCCCAAUGAGCCCAUCUGGGGAAAGAGACACGGAGCUUUUGUGCAGAGAGAGAUAAAACCAGGGAGUAGGCCAACAGUUCCUGAGGGAACAGAGGUAUUACUGAAUGCUCCAGGGUCAUGUUCAUCACAACAGCCCAAAAAAACAGAGAAAGGAAAUUCAGUGGAAACCAGAAUGAUCUCAUCGGGUCUCUACCAACAAAAUUCCCAAGAGCUGUUAGAUACUAAAACUCGCUUAUCAGAAACAGACGUCAAAGAGGCAGCCAAGGUAUGCCCCAGGAGUCCUGAGAGCAGAGAGAAAACUGCAGACAUCUCUCAAACUACUAUAACAGAUGCUUUUCUCACAAAACUUGAGUCUUUAAAUCCACCAGUAAAGGAAUCAGGAUAAAUUACCUUCUUCAGAUAAAAAUACAAUCCCUGGAAUGUAGAGAAACUUUCACAAUCAUCAUACAGAUCCUCACAUUUUUUUUUCUAUCAGUAACCCCAGAACAUACAAUUUACAUAAAUGGAAAAAAGGAAAAAAAGAUAAUUGAAAUACAUCCAAA